UAAGGUUUCCCUUUGAAGUACGAAUCAUUCAUCUGAAGUUAUUUUCAACAGCCCACUUGUAUAUAAAAGUUUGCAACUUUGAUAGAGAGGGAAAUAAAAGUUUGAGACUUUUUGAUAGAGGAGGCGAAAAUGGCUAAUAAGGCAGAGUCAGAGAGCAGCCUCAGGGCAUCAAAGUGGUCGCUCAAGGGAAUGAACGCCCUUGUCACUGGCGGCACUCGUGGAAUUGGUCAUGCCGUUGUGGAGGAACUGGCUGGGUUUGGUGCGGCCGUACACACAUGUUCUAGAAACGAAGCAGAGCUCACUAAGUGCCUUAAGGAGUGGAGGGAUAAGGGGUUCUUGGUUACUGGGUCUGUUUGUGAUGCUUCGUUGAAGCCUCAGAGGGAGAAGCUGGUGCAGGAAGUGGCUUCGCUUUUCAAUGGCAAGCUCAAUAUACUUGUAAACAAUGUGGGGACAAACAUCAGAAAGCCUACCACUGAAUUUACUGCUGAAGAAUAUUCAUUAAUUAUGUCUACCAACUUUGAAUCUACAUACCAUCUGUGCCAACUUGCACAUCCUCUUCUAAAGGAAUCUGGAGCAGGAAGCAUCGUGUUCAUUUCUUCUGUUGGUGGUUUGGUUUCUAUCGGUUCUGGAUCCAUUUAUGCUGCAACAAAAGGUGCAAUCAAUCAACUUAACAGUUAUCUGGCUUGUGAAUGGGCAAAAGACAACAUCAGAUGCAAUUGUGUUGCACCUUGGUAUACCAAGACCUCACUUGUAGAACAUCUCAAUUUGUCACAAUCAACGACUGAAAUAAUCUUGCUCAUUACAAUACAAAAGUACUGCAAUGUUUGUAAACUAUGAAACUCAAGUAUUUGCUUUUGGACACAAAAGGCUUGCCAAGUAAAUGUUCGUCUCUAGACCUCUAUGUUGGGUCAUAUAGUUAUAUUCUUCUCAUUUAGCCUCUUUAUCUACACAUCCUACCAGCUUUUCCUGUAAAGUAAUAUCUGAUAUAUUAGAUUCAGUACAACAGAAAGUGACUCUUUCUGGCUAUAUGUUCAUCUACAAAGAUGAUGACUACUUUUAUUUUUAUCUUAAUAUUUUGUGUAUCAAUCACAUCUUGUAUAACUUGUAUUUUGGUCAAUAAACCAAUAAAAAAGAACCAUAAAAUGCAGAAGGGUCCAAAAAAUAGAUUUUUUAACUGAUGCAUGGCAUAGGAAUAUAUUCUGCACUUUCUGUUUACACAUUUAUACGAUAAAUAUGGAAAUAAUUACAAAUUCAAUAAAACCACUGUAUAUGAUUGCAAAAUGCUUAUUGGUAGUUGUGGGUUGAUUUCAUACUGUUUUAAUUUGUUCUUUAGUUAAAAACCAAAACUAUCGUUCGACAUCACUUGUAGAUUUUUAAUGUGCACAUACUGAAAUCAGAAAAGAAUUUAGUCCAGCAUCUCCUAAAUCAUUUAUGCUUUACCUAAUGGAAAAUAACUACUGCAUGAUAUAAAGUGAUAAACCAUGCUGUCUAGUGUUCUAUUUAGGUAAACCUGUACUAUGAAUUUUAGACGUUAUCACAUCUAAAUUUUGUCUAUAGGAAAAGAUUUUAUAUGUAGUUUGAGAUUAUUUGUAUCUCUAGUACCCUGGACACAUACCCUGGCACAAAUGUGAGCACUUGUUCAUGAUGGUAGCAACGUAUCACCACGUAAAAGCAUACCAUCGAAACCUUGAGUCAUAGCCAUGAAACCUUGUAGAUAAAUCUGGCAUGCUAUGAUAAUUCAAUAUUCUCAAUCUUUGCUCGUUAUUGUUUGAGCUAGGACUCGUAAUGAAACACAAAAUCUCGGCCAACAUGGGUAUAAAUAAUUUUUUUACCCUUUGAGUAACAGGUGAAAGUAUACAUUUUACAUAGAUAUAUGGAUAUAUAUGUAUGUAUAUGUAUAUGUAUGUAUGUAUGCAUAUCUUGAGGUGGAGCACAUAGCUUUGCCCAUAACUAAUUUGUCAGCUUGAUGAAGAUUGGACACCCCUAGAAGUGAAAUUUUAAGAAGUAAACUUUUUGCUGAUUGUGUUAGACAUUUUAAUUUUAUGCAAUUUCUAACAUUAAUGAUACUUCAAGAUCUGUGUAUAUAGCUCACUGCUAAUCAUGAAUCAAUAUCAUGGUGUAUAUGAACUAUUCAAAUUAAAUAAAUAAUCAUAAUUGUAAUGCGCACACACACACACACAAAA